AUGCAAAUCAGGACCAUAUAUAUAUACAACAUAUGCAUAAAUAUAAAUUAGAAGCAGAGAGACAGGAAGAACGAAAACUAGGGCAAGCGAAGAUGAUCAUACCAGUCCGUUGCUUCACUUGCGGGAAGGUCAUUGGAAACAAAUGGGACACUUAUCUUGAUUUUCUUCAGGCGGAUUACACCGAAGGAGAUGCUCUUGAUGCACUGGGGUUGGUUCGAUAUUGCUGUAGACGAAUGCUCAUGACUCAUGUUGACCUCAUUGAGAAGCUUUUGAACUACAACACUCUGGAGAAAUCUGAGGGCAGCUGAGAAGGCUUAUGGAAUUCAAAAAUCUGUUACCAUGAAAAUCUAGUAGUUUAAGUUUCUCUUCUGAGAUUUCUGUUAGAUUAUUCGUAUUUGGAAUAGAUGAAGCGAACAAUAGUGUAAAAAAUAAGAAAGCAAUGUGCUUGUAAUGUAACCGGUUGUUGUAACUGUUUGAGCUUAUCUAACCUUUCUUCUAAAUUGACCAACCGAGGUACCAGUAAUUUGAAUUCUGUUUGUCGUUUGAUGUUGUUAA